CCGGGGGCGGGCACAGCGCCUCCGCCGCGCGGGUCCCCGGGCGCUGGUUGGGGGCGCUCCCGUCCCUCUCCCCCCGCCCCACCCCCGCCGAUGGGCCGGCCCGGCUCUCCCUGCCGAGAAAUGGGCCGGCCCGGCUUGCGCGCGGGCAGCGGCGACGACGACGACGGCGGCAGCGGCGGCGGCGGCAGCCCAAGAUGGCGGAGCUGCAGCUGGACCCGGCGAUGGCGGGGCUGGGAGGGGGCGGUGGGAGCGGGGUGGGCGACGGAGGCGGCCCAGUCCGCGGGCCUCCCAGCCCACGCCCGGCUGGCCCCACGCCCCGCGGGCACGGCCGCCCGGCCGCCGCCGUCGCGCAGCCACUGGAGCCCGGUCCCGGACCCCCCGAGCGGGCAGGGGGCGGCGGCGCGGCCCGCUGGGUCAGGCUGAACGUGGGAGGCACCUACUUCGUGACCACCAGACAGACGUUAGGCCGGGAGCCCAAGUCUUUCCUCUGCCGCCUCUGCUGCCAGGAGGACCCGGAGCUGGACUCAGACAAGGAUGAGACGGGGGCAUAUCUGAUUGACAGGGACCCCACCUACUUUGGUCCUAUCCUGAACUACCUCCGCCAUGGGAAACUCAUCAUUACUAAGGAGUUGGCAGAAGAAGGUGUGCUAGAGGAAGCGGAGUUUUACAACAUCGCGUCCCUUGUGCGGCUGGUUAAGGAAAGGAUACGGGACAAUGAGAACAGAACUUCACAAGGCCCCGUGAAACAUGUGUACAGAGUCCUGCAGUGUCAAGAAGAGGAGCUCACACAGAUGGUCUCCACGAUGUCCGACGGGUGGAAAUUCGAACAGCUCAUCAGCAUCGGAUCUUCCUAUAACUAUGGCAAUGAGGAUCAGGCAGAAUUCCUCUGUGUUGUCUCCAGAGAACUAAAUAACUCUACCAAUGGCAUCGUCAUAGAGCCGAGCGAAAAGGCGAAGAUUCUGCAGGAGAGAGGAUCACGAAUGUAAACUAAGACCCCGAAACUCCAGACCUUCAGGAGAGCAGUCAGCAGAGCCCCUCUGUGAAGUGAAACCUCACUCCUGUCCAGUGACUGAACCACUGCAAAGCACAGCUGAGCCUGGCCCCCUGUGAAGAAGUGUUCUGGUCAAAACUAAAGGAACUCCCUCGCCACCCGCAGGACUCUGAAGACAGAUGCGACUUCUGGCUGCAGAAUACCUUUUCAGAAACCCGUUUUCAUUUUCUUAGCCAGUAUUAGAACAGAUCUUUACAACAGCAGCUGGGCUGGGUUCCCGUUCAGAGCCUUUUGGGAAUCUGGGGGAUGAGAGAAACCGCCUGCACUUUUAGGAAGGUGGAGCAAAGGAAAGAGGAUUGUUCCUGCCCUGUGCCAUGGUUUCACCCUAUGUGUGCCACAUUGGACGUUAGCAGCUGCUUUGGAACACCGCCCCUCCUGUGCGCCCUCAAAGACCUGCAGCAGAUGCAAAGGGUUCUAGCUGCAAUUUGUCGAAUUGAGGUUUUAGGUAAAGCAUAGAGAUGCCAUAGCACACCACAUUCCCAUCAAUAGAGCCUCCAAGGAAAGGGAGAAUGGGGUGUCCUUUAUUGUAUUGAUCAUUUCUCUGGAUUUGGGGCUCUCAGCUGCUGCCACGUGCAGCUUUGCCUCAGUUUUCUCCAGCAGCCAGGACCCUCUGGAGAGCUUGCUUUCCCUCCAGUAGGAGGUUUGAGACAGGCAGCUUCCUGCCCUGAGUCAGCCAGCCAAGCAGGAGCUGUGGGAGCUGUGGGAGCUGGCGGAACUGCGCCUGCAGCCUCUCGUCCCCAUUGACCCUGUUACCUUCCCUGGCUUUUUCAACUGGACCAAAGAUGAAGGGACUUAACGGACCUUUUGAUGGCUUGGGGUGGGGAAGGCUGUUUCUUUGAAAGUUGCCAAAUGUGUUACGCUGUUUUAUCUCAAAGAGUUGUUAUUUCUGUGACUGUCUCUUGGAAAUGCCUUGACUGAAUGUGCAAUAUUUGUGUCUCUUCUUGGCUUCUGACCUUGACAAACCUGCUUCCCUCUGUGCUGUCCCCAGUGGUGUGUAUAUGUGUGCUAGACAGCCUGAGGACCCCUUGUGUGUCUGACCUUCCCUCACCAUUACUUCCUUUUCUGGAGUGCCAUGCUGGCAAGGAUCCAGGGUGGCAGCGCUCUCCUUCGGGCUGUGUCUGCAGAGUUUGUGUCCACACUUUUCUCUCCGAGCGUCCGGGUCUUGCUGAGCAGUCGUGGAAUGCAGUGAAGCCAGGGGACCCUGUCUGACCUCGAUAACUUUCAGUAGCAUAGCAGAUGGCAUGGAGAAGGGGAAGGGGCUCUGGAACUGCUCUUGUGAAAGCUGCCUCGAGCCAGGCUCUCCUGCCCACCUUCAGAGGCUAUGUCCUCUGUUCCACAGCGCACCUGCUUGCCAGGUGCGUCUGGGUAGUAAUUUCUGGAAAUGACUAUGCCAAACGUCUUUAGCUUCUGACCUAACCAUGCCCAGAUGGCUUAACUUCUCCCUAGGAUCCUCACUCUCCUUGUUCCUCUGUAUCUGUAGCAUAGCACAGAACCCGGUAUACAGGGGUUUCUGCUGACACAUCAGUGUCUACACACCUGUGCGCCACGUUUUACAGCUGUAAAAUGUUAGAUGAACUGCCACCCUCAGUAAAAGCAGCCACCCCUUCAAAAGAGUCACAGGCAUCCAUCCAGUCCUAUCUUUCAGGAAAAAAAAAAAAAAAAAAGAUUUAGUGAUUUAGAUGUAGCCAAGGAAAGUAGCAAUUGCGGGAAGGACUGCUCUGAGCCGAGGAGGGGGGACUUCGGAAGAGGUGGGUGCUCCUUGGCCAGGUCCAGUGAGUAACGUCAGACCGACAGGAGGAAAGCAGCUUCCACUGGGGUCUUGUGCCUGUCUGCUUUCCUGGGACAUGCCUGAUGAUCAGCGCGGGCUGGGGCUCCUAGUCCCAACCCCAGCUUUCUCACCAGGUUCAGCAAGGAGGCCUGGCGGGCAGACACCAAUGUCCAGCACCUCCUAAGGGCGCCGUUUCCUUCCUUCCUCUUCUCGGAUUCCACAUUUGCCCCGGUGAAAAGACUGCAAUUGAGCCCUGAGCCACCUGCUCCGGGCAAUGGGAGUGAUAUUUCCGCCCUCUGGGGGGGCUGGUGUUCACCAAGUUUCCCUCCUCGCUGCAACCCAAUGACAACUGUAUUGUUCCAGCACUCCAAGACUCUGAGGCCAGUUGGUUUCUUCAGAUUUCUGGGAGCAUUGUUCACCCACACCCUUUAGGAACCAGGCUGGUGUUCUUGCUUGAAAGCCUUGUGCCCUCAGAGUGUCUGGCUAAUCACGUCAGAGAGGUCUGUGUGGCAGUUUGGGGCUGUCACGUGACCAGUGACCCACACUCUGUGCUGCCCAGUAUUGCCAAGUGGGGAGGGGCCUGCCUUUUUCUCUGCCCUCGGUCUGGGACGCAGGUAAUGCCAGCCAGGUCCAGGAGCGCCCAGCAUCCCUCAAGCAAUGACACAGUAGCACUGAUUCUGUCUUUUCCUCAGAAUCUGGCCUUUUUCCAUGACAGUGAGGUGGGGCCCGGCCUCCUCUAAAGUGGCUUCCUUUCUGCACAGUUGUAACUGCUCUGGGGGUGUCAGCGAGGCUGGGGGCGGGGAGCCACAGGAUGCUGAGGAGGAGGCCCAAUAGGACACCCUCACCCUCCAGUGCGGCCUUUGAUCCGGACCUUCGGGACGAGGCUGUCACUGGUAGGUACCCUCUGUUCCUGUUUGUGUGUUUAAAUAGUCUGAAAUGCUGUGACUUUUUUUUUUUUUUUUUUUUGUCAAUACAAAUAGGAAAUAAACUUGUGAAUCUC